CCACCACCGCACUCGCACCUGGCUCUCCUGCCCUCUCCCCCCCCCCAUAACGGUACCAUGGAGCUCCCGGGUAACUUCCGGUCUGGCUACCGAAGCUCAUCAGUAGUGCCCGAGUACUUUCGACGGAUGAUCAAGCCCAAGCAAAUGGACUUUGAGUAUGCCAUGUGGCAGAUGUUCCAUCUCUGUGUUGCUCCACGUAAGGUCUUCCGCAACAUGGUUUAUCACAAACACGCCUCGGACCACUGGGCGCGCGACGACCCGGCGUUUGUGGUGGUCUCGGUCGCGUUCUUGACCAUCGCCUCGCUGGCGUACGGCAUCGCGUUCCGGGCAUCGCUCUGGGCGGUGCUCAAGCUGUUGCUGUGGUCGGUCUUUGUCGACUUUGUGGCUGUCGGCAUGCUCGUCGCUACCGUUGGCUGGUGGGUGGCCAACACCUUUCUCCGCUCCGAUGAUGGCGCCUCGCUCGAGGCGGCGUCCAACGAGCGCCUUACAUCGCUCACCCUGGGAGCCGACCCACUGUACGGCGAGUUCCCGGGCGGGUCGGGCCCGCCGCCAGCGAUGCGAUCGCCCAAGGUCGAGUGGCUCUAUGCCUUUGACAUCCACUGCAACGCGUUCUUCCCGCUCUUUGUCGUCCUCUACGUCGUCCAGUUUGCGCUCCUCUUCCUCAUCCUCUCCAACUCGAUCGUGGCGCCGCUGGUCUCCAACGCCCUCUACGUCAUUGCCACACUCUUCUACUACUACAUCACUUUCCUCGGCUAUUCGGAGCUCUCGUUCCUCUCGCGGACCAACGUCUUUCUCUAUCCGGCUGUCGUCUUUGUCAUUCUGUUUACCAUCCUCACCCUGCUGCAGUACAACAUCUCGGCGGCCGUCUUCUCGUUCUACUUUGCGUAGUACGUCGGGCGGCUCUGGACUGACAAUGAACAGAGAGCCUUAGUGA